CAGCGAAUUUGUGGGUUGGCACGACCAAGACAGAGAGAGUAGGACGUGACAUACACGAAACCCCUCCCCUCUGCCACUCCCCCCACUCCCUUCCAUUCUCAAUUUCUCAAUUUCUCAAUUCCUUUUCCCCUUUCUUCUUUUGCCAAAAGACUCCUGCCAAUUCCACCACUCUGUCGUUCUUUCAUUAUUUUAUUCCUUUUUCAAUUCCCUUCUCUCAUUUAACUCCAAAUCUCAAGCAAUCUUCUCCAAUUCUACUCAUUAUUUAAAUGCCCUUCUUAGAUUUCCUCUCCAUUUAACUCAUUUGCUAAUCCUCUUCACCUCUACAUAUUUACAUUACAUUCCUUUUUUUCCUCCUUCUCCCAGAUCCAACCUGAAUGGUAGAUACGGAUUAUUGUUUUUUUAUUUUUUUAUUUUGAAUUCCUGUGAGAAUGAAGGAUUUCCCCUCUUGUUUUGCUGAGAAUGGAGUUCAAGUUGCAGAUGCGUCAUGUACAAGUUCAACCACAGCAGCAAUAGCGACUGUAAGUAAAGCGAAAGCUUCUCAAAACUUAGUCACAUGUGUUUACCAGUGUAAAUUGCUUGGUAAAUCUCGUUUAAUAAUCAUCACUUGGAGCAAGAAUCUUGUGGGUCAUUGCUUUAGUGUUGAAAUCGAAGAUCUGUCGAAUAAAUGUCUCUCCAGACUCGAUGUGAAGCCUUCGAUUUUCUCAAAAAGAAAAGGUUCCAGACGUCUUCAAGUCGAUUUCGUCGCCAUUGAUGUCUGUUGGGACCUUACAAAUGCCAAAUUCGGAUCCAGCCCGGAACCCGUUGAAGGUUUCUACUUGGUUCUUGCUUUUAAAGGUGAAAUCGUUUUGUUAAUUGGGGAUCUGAGAAAAGAAACCUUCAAGAAAACAAAUGGGUUGUCGAAUUCGUUCCGUGUUUUGAAAAGAGAACACAUUUUUGGGAAGAAAGUGUUUGCUACGAAAGCUCAAUUCAAAGAUAAUGGUAAGAUCCAUGACCUCCGGAUCGAGUGUGAUACCUGCGGCCUUGAUCCUCGACUGGUGGUCCGUUUGGACGAGAAGAUAGUGAUGCAGGUGAAGCGUCUGCUAUGGAAGUUCCGAGGGAAUUACACCAUCGCCGUUGACGGACUUCCUGUGGAAGUAUACUGGGAUGUGCAUAACUGGUUGUUUGGAUCGACAACCGGAAGUGCAGUGUUCAUGUUUCAGACUUGUUCUGGUGUUGAGAAAAGCGCAACAUUUUCUGAUCCGUUUAUAGUUCCCUCCAGGUUGCCUUGUCCUGGUUUUUGUUUGACAUUGUAUGCUUGGAAGAAUGAAUGAACAGAUAUAUGAUGCCCAAACUGAUUUGUUUUUGGGCAGUUGCUAA